ACAUAAACUAUGGAAAAUGCGUGGAAAACUGAAAUUCCAGAGUUUAAGCCGGAAGACAAUCCUCACGGGCUGUUAGAGGAAAGUUCGUUCGCCACACUAUUUCCCAAGUAUCGAGAAACAUACCUGAAAGAAUGUUGGCCAUUAGUACAAAACUCAUUGUCCAAAUACCACAUCAAGGCUGACUUGGACUUACUAGAAGGCAGUAUGAGUGUGCGCACUACCCGCAAAACGUGGGACCCGGCAUCGAUAUUGAAGGCACGAGACUUGAUCAAACUGUUGUCAAGGAGUGUUCCGUACGAGCAUGCUGUACGCGUAAUGGAAGACGAUAUGGCUGCUGACAUAAUUAAGAUCGGUUCAAUGGUAAGAAAUCGUGAUAAAUUUGUAAAACGGAGACAAAGACUUAUCGGUCCAGGAGGGUGUACGCUGAAGUCAAUUGAAUUGUUGACUAACUGUUACGUUCUUGUGCAAGGGCAAACUGUGGCUGCUCUAGGACCCUUCAAAGGACUACAACAGGUACGCCGUAUUGUGACAGAUACAAUGAAAAAUAUUCAUCCUAUUUACAAUAUAAAAGCAUUGAUGAUUAAACGUGAACUGGAGAGAAAUCCUAAGUUAAAAAAUGAAAAUUGGGAUAGGUUUCUGCCAAAUUUCAAACCRAAAAAUGUGCCUAAAAAGAAAUCUAYCAAGAAAGCAAAGAAACCAUACACUCCGUUCCCACCWGCYCCAGCAGAGAGUAAGAUUGACAAAUUAUUAGAGUCAGGUGAGUACUUUCUUAAAGAAGAUGAGAAACAAAAAAGGAAAAGGAAAGUCAAAGAAGAUAAGCAAAAGGAAGCUAAAAUUAAAAGAGAGGCAAAACGUAAUAUGGCAUUCAUUCCUCCUGUUGAAUAAAUAUUGGAAAAAAAAUGUAAAUGUAUAUAGGUAAAAAUCUAAUGAUUUUUAAUUUUAUU